GUCCAGAAGCAUCGGCAAGUCUGGAGCCUUCGGCACGGCAUGGGCAGCGAUGGGACGUUCGCGAAGUCUCCCACGGAAUUUAAGCUCCCGCGCCCCGACACCUGCAAGCCCGCGCACUUGCUGCUCCGUCAGCCACUGCUGAACACCGUAUAUAGCGCUUACUCAACGCACACAAGCCACUCCGUAAGCACACGCCUUCGCGAGGAGCCGCCAGAUCCUUGCAAAGAUGGCCAGCGAGGCCCCCGUGGAGACCUUCGCCUUCCAGGCGGAGAUCAACCAGCUGCUGUCGCUGAUUAUCAACACCUUCUACUCGAACAAGGAAAUCUUCCUGCGCGAGCUUAUCUCCAACGCCUCCGAUGCUCUGGACAAGAUCCGUUACAUGUCGCUCACUGACAAGUCGGUGCUGGACAACAACCCGGAGCUGUACAUCCACCUGCAGCCCAACAAGGCGGAUGGCACCCUGGCCAUCACCGACUCGGGUAUCGGUAUGACCAAGGCGGACCUGAUCAACAACCUGGGUACCAUCGCGCGCUCGGGCACCAAGGCGUUCAUGGAGGCCCUCUCCGCCGGCGCCGACGUGUCGAUGAUUGGCCAGUUCGGCGUGGGCUUCUACUCGGCCUACCUGGUGGCUGACCGCGUGACCGUGGUGACCAAGCACAACGACGACGAGCAGUACGUGUGGGAGUCGCAGGCCGGCGGCUCCUUCAGCAUCCGCCGCGACACCGAGGGCGAGCCCCUGGGCCGCGGCACCAAGAUCAUCCUGCACCUCAAGGAGGACCAGAAGGAGUACCUGGAGGAGCGGCGCAUCAAGGACCUGGUCAAGAAGCACAGCGAGUUCAUCUCCUACCCCAUCUCGCUGUGGACCGAGAAGACCGUGGACAAGGAGGUGUCGGACGACGAGGCCGAGGAGGAGGAGAAGAAGGAGGAGGAGGAGGGCAAGGUGGAGGAGGUGAAGGAGGAGAAGGAGAAGAAGACGAAGAAGGUCCAGGAGGUGCAGCACGAGUGGGACCUGCUGAACAAGCAGAAGCCCAUUUGGAUGCGCAACCCCGACGAGGUGACCAAGGAGGAGUAUGCGGCCUUCUACAAGUCCAUCUCCAACGACUGGGAGGACCACCUGGCCGUCAAGCACUUCAGCGUGGAGGGCCAGCUGGAGUUCAAGUCCAUCCUGUACCUGCCCAAGCGCGCGCCCUUCGACAUGUUUGACCAGCGCAAGAAGCCCAACAACAUCAAGCUGUACGUGCGCCGUGUGUUCAUCAUGGACAACUGCGAGGACCUCAUCCCCGAGUGGCUCAACUUCGUCAAGGGCAUUGUGGACAGCGAGGACCUGCCGCUCAACAUCUCGCGCGAGACGCUGCAGCAGAACAAGAUCCUGAAGGUGAUCAAGAAGAACAUUGUGAAGAAGUGCCUGGAGCUGUUUGCCGAGGUGGCGGAGAACAAGGACGACUACAACAAGUUCUACGAGUCGUUCGGCAAGAACCUGAAGCUGGGCGUGCACGAGGACAGCCAGAACCGCGCCAAGCUGGCGGACCUGCUGCGCUACCACUCAACCAAGAGCGGCGAGGAGACCACCAGCCUCAAGGACUACGUGACCCGCAUGAAGGAGGGCCAGAAGGCCAUCUACUACAUCACCGGCGAGAGUCGCAAGGCGGUGGAGAACUCGCCCUUCCUGGAGCGGCUCAAGAAGAUGGGCUACGAGGUGCUGUUCAUGGUGGACCCCAUUGACGAGUACGCCGUGCAGCAGCUCAAGGAGUACGACGGCAAGAAGCUGGUGUGCUGCACCAAGGAGGGCCUGGACCUGGACGAGAGCGAGGAGGAGAAGAAGCGCAAGGAGGAGCUGGCCAGCCAGUUCGAGCCGCUGUGCCGCCUGAUGAAGGACAUCCUGGGCGACAAGGUGGAGAAGGUCAUGGUCAGCCACCGCGUGGUGGACAGCCCCUGCGUGCUGGUGACUGGCGAGUACGGCUGGUCCGCCAACAUGGAGCGCAUCAUGAAGGCGCAGGCGCUGCGCGACAACUCCAUGGCCGCCUACAUGACCUCCAAGAAGACGCUGGAGAUCAACCCCGAGAACGCCAUCAUGAAUGAGCUGAAGAAGCGCUCUGACGCGGACAAGUCGGACAAGACCGUGAAGGACCUGGUGCUGCUGCUGUUCGAGACCGCGCUGCUGUCGUCGGGCUUCUCGCUGGACGAGCCCAACACCUUCGCCAGCCGCAUCCACCGCAUGAUCAAGCUGGGCCUGUCCAUUGACGAGGAGGUGGAGGAGGGCCUGGGCGCCGCCGACGACGACCUGCCGCCGCUGGAGGAGGACGCCGCCGCGGGCGAGGGCAGCCGCAUGGAGGAGGUCGACUAAGCGGCUAGCAAGGACUGGCAGGCAUUAGCGGCGGGUGGAUAGGGAGGUGGGAUGAGGGCUCUGCCCUGGUGUGCCCCCGGUCUGGGGGAUGGAGGGGGGCAUGAACCGAGAGCUCGACUGCUCGUUAGCUUAGCAGCAGUGAAGCGGUGCGGCUUAGAUGUGAACAUACGCCGGGUGACGGUGUGCGUGGGGAGUGUGUGGGCGGCGUCAUUAUGCCACCAUCGCAUAUACUGGUUUUGGGGUCCCGCACUGCAACGCAGCAGCAAAGGAGUUUGAAGGUUAGGGGUAGACACGCUCACAUCAGUGGUACAUAUAUUCAUGUCUUGAGGAAGAAACACCAACAACAUCAGACUCUUGAACAAGCACGAGUACACAAAUGUGUCAUCUUAAUGUGUGUGGUGUGGUACUGAGAGAGCAGGUUGUAUGCCGUGCGAAGCAGGGGUGCACCGUUAGCGCCUGGACUGAAAUUGCAGAGGGCUGGUGGUGUGGAGGUGGAGUGAUGGAGGUUUGGGCACGCAGGGCCCGCACACCCGCAGCCGUCCGUUGAGCGGUCGAGGGGCAGUGUGGGGCUUGUGGAGUGCAGUUGCACACGGAGCGAAUUGUAAUGCUGGAGUGCA